AUGCGACGCAGCUGGAGAGGUCGCUAUAAAAACAAUUGGUAUCGUUCUCGAGGGAGAGGUAGAGGUAAUUAUAAUACCUCAUCAAUAGAAAAUCGUAGCACAAAUAUCUCGUCUACUUCACAAGUGAUAUCCCACAAUGUUUCGGUCGCAUCAUCAAGGCCCCCAGCAAACCAAGUACCUUUGGUUAUACCGGUAAAUUCGGGAAACAAUAUUUGGAAAUUAUAUUUUCCUACAGAAGAACAAUCUACUAACCCUGUUAUAAUGAAAAACAUAAAAUGUUUUGAAUCAUUUAUAAUUAAAAAUAGAAGCUUAUUUGAUUUGGAAAAAAUUGACCAAUCCCGCAGUGUACCCCUUGAUCUGCAAAUGAUAAUUGAUGAUAUAGAUUUCAAAAAUGAAUGGCCUACAUUUCAAAAUGACUUAUUUGAAAGGCCUGAAAACACUUUGCGGCUGCUAGAAUUCUGCUUACAUGAGAAUUUGAAGUGUGAAUCCAAAGUAAAAGUCAGAUUAUUAAACCAUCAUCCUGUUAUACCUAUAGCAAAUUUGAAAGUAAACUACUUUGGAAAAUUGGUAACUAUUAAAGGUACAGUUAUUAGAGUAGGAAGUGUGGGCCUAAUUUGCACAUCUAUGGCAUUUGAGUGCUCUAGCUGCCACAGCAUACAAGCUGUCAUACAACCUCAAGGUAUAUUUACAGCACCAAAUUUUUGUCAAAGUUGUCAAAGUGGUCACAAGUUUGAACCGCUCCAGUCUUCACCAUUCACCAACACAACUGAUUGGCAAGUGGCUAAGAUACAAGAAAUUCAGUCUCAGGGGGUGACUGGAACAAUUCCUAGAAGUGUUGAAGUAGAAUUACAGGGUGACCUGGUUAGCACCGCAUGCCCUGGCGAUGUGCUCUCUGUUACCGGAAUUGUUCAGGUGCGGGGGGAAAGCAAAGGAGGCGAGGAUGGUAAAAGGGCUGCGAGGUUGCUGCAGUUGUAUAUUGAGGCAGUGUCAAUUCACAGUCAGAGAAAUCUCAGCAACCCAAGUCUGGCAUUCACUUUGAAAGAUUAUUAUGCUAUACAGGAAAUCCAUGCAUCCGAAGAUGUGUUCCGACUUUUAGUGCACUCUUUGUGUCCAGCGAUUUUCGGACACGAGAUGGUGAAAGCCGGUCUCAUUCUGGGCCUACUGGGUGGAACCGAGGGUGAUGGGGCGACCAGGCCUAACCCUCACGUGUUGGUCGUCGGCGAUCCGGGUCUCGGGAAGUCUCAGCUGCUACAAGCCGCAGCUCAUGCCGCUCCAAGAGGUGUGUAUGUGUGCGGCGCGGCUGCGUCGGGCGGCGGGCUGACCGUGUCGCUGGGCCGCGAGGCUGGCGGUGACUUCGCCCUCGAGGCCGGCGCCCUGGUGCUCGCCGACCGCGGCGUCUGCUGCCUCGACGAGCUGGACAAGAUGACCGCCCACCACAGCAGCUUGCUGGAGGCGAUGGAGCAGCAGCGCGUGAGUGUCGCGAAGGGCGGCGUGGUCUGCAGCCUGGCAGCGCGGGCCACACUCCUGGCGGCGGCCAACCCCGCCGGAGGCUCCUACAACAGAGCAAAAACUGUCACUGAAAACCUGAAGCUCAAUUCGGCUUUGUUGUCAAGAUUUGAUUUAGUGUUCAUACUCCUUGAUCAACCUGAUGAGAAAAUCGACGCCAUGUUGUCGGAGCACGUAUUAGCCAUGCACGCAGGUGCAAAAGGAAAACGAACCGCUAAGUUAAACGAAGUAAAUGGCGGCAUUAACUCCAAAGCGAAUGAAGAAGAUAUCCCCCUCAGUAAAAGAUUACAACUAAAGCCAGGCGAGGUGAUCGACUCGCUGCCGUUGGCGCUGCUCCGGAAAUACGUCGCGUACGCAAGACGAUACGUGCACCCGAAGCUGAGCGCGGAAGCGGCGAGCACGCUGCAGAACUUCUAUCUGGAACUGCGCCACAACCACCAAGGGGCGUGCAAUGAUGGCACCCCUAUUACCACGCGACAGCUAGAAGCCAGCAUUCGCCUCACCCAGGCACGAGCGAGAGCAGAUCUGCGUGAGGAAGCGACUGCAAAAGAUGCUAGUGACGUCAUCACCUUAAUAAAGCAUAGCUUGGUGGACACAUUCAGUGAUGAAUUUGGCAACAUUGAAUUGUCCAGAUCGAUAAAUGGCUCUGGUAUAAGUUCUAGAAGCAAGCUGAAAAAGUUUUUGGAUGUACUAACAAGACAUUCACAUCAGAUGGGUAAGGAUAUUUUCACACGAAAAGAAAUGAUUCAGAUUCAUAAGGCAGCAGGUAUUGCUGGAGAUCCCAAUGAUCUUAUAGAAGCCAUGCAUGUACAUUCUUACCUUCUUCUCAAAGGAUCUAGCACAUACCAAUUGAUUGCUAUU